AUGUUGGUCAACUCUACUUUACGCCUUGUUAUUAACAAGAUCCAGAGAAAUCUCAGACUUUACCUUUCACUUCUAGUGAAGGGGAGCCAACCCAGCUGCUGUCCGCUUCGUCCGCCGCGGAAAACUGUCGGCAAAUCCGCUUCGUCUAAUUCGACAUCGGAUCUCGACGUUCAAUGUCACUGCGCCGUCCAUCUGCGGCAUCCGGUGGACCUCACAACCUUCCCCGCAUCCGACGUGCAACCAUCUUUGUCAAUGGGGCGUCCAGACCUUUUCCAUUCUCCCCUCGGACAACAUCCUGCCGACAUGGAUUCUUGUCCUCGUCGUCGUCGUCGUCCCAUAUGGAGCAUACCCCCUCUCUUUGUGGUAUCCAUAUGGCCGACCCAGUCCUGGCUCCUCCGGCCUCCCGUGGCCCACUAUCCCCAGACCAUUGACUGUGGGUUCGCCGGAUACCCAGCAUCAAGCUCCCUCCGUCUGGGUCUAUCGGGCAAGAGUGAGAUUCGCCGUCGCGACAAGUGUCGCAUUCGCUGGAUCAUCCCGGACUCCAGUCCCGAGCUCGGAGCUUUCACGAAUCCUCCAACGCAGCCAAGCUCUGAGUUCGGAUCCGCAAUGGCUCGCUGCAAGUGUAAGAUUGGGGAAACAAGCUGUCUUGAACCGUCUCCUCGCCAUGCACCUCCACCUGCACCUACACCAUUCCAUCCCACCACAUCUGAGCUUGCUUGCCCGGGAUCCACUGCCCUUCCGCUGUCUCUACCAAGCCGGCAUUCCUCUCCUGGCCAACAACCUGAACGAAACCUGAAAGAGGGGGCCCCGUUGUUUGUCGUCACGGUGGGGUCCAGCCUUGAGUCUCGACGCUCUUGGACUUGCUCGUCCUCCAUCUUCGGCAUUCUCGCCGUUGGACAGCCAUUCCCCUCUGAUUUUGCACUCGUUUUCCAGUAUCCUUCCUCGAACUCGUCUGGGUCGUCACUUGCGCAAUUCCAUCAUCGUGAUACCUACACUUUCCCACGUAUAAUUCCAUUAGAUGAAGCCGGGCAAGGCUCAAACGAUGAUGCCGGAAUCACCGCACAAGAAAACACUACUCCUCGCAUACCUUCAACCCGCCAAGCCAAGAACCAACAGGGCGAGUCGGAGUGCGUCCAGUGCAAAAAGGCCGGUAAUGAGUGCGUUAUCAAGAAUGACGAUGAGCGGCGGCGACCAAUAUCAAAGGCGUACAUGUCGUCUUUGUCCGAUCGCAUUGCGAUGCUCGAGGGCAUGCUGCAGGAAAAGGGUGUUCAACCUCCACCAGCCGUGCAUCCCCCGAAGACGAGACGCGAGAACCAGCAGUUAUCGGAAGAGCCAAGAGAGCAAAGAAGGUUUCCAGUCAAGAGACCAACUGCCCCCGAGGUCCCCUCGCCUCCGGAUUCUGGAAACGAUGACUACUCGGUACAAGGUAGCGACCACGCAGAGAACACGUCUACCACGAGCCCCUGCUUCCAUGUUCCUGCAGAAGAACAAUCUGCAUUCCGUAUACUGGAUUCAACACAAGAGAACGUUGUCCACAGGCUUCUUUCGACGAGAGGGAAUCUUUCAUUUGACCAGCUAUCUGGACGGCUCCGCUUCUUUGGCCCGACGGCAAAUUCUCAUGUUUACUACGCCGACACUAGUGAUAGCUCGCGGUCUCGUGAACCAUCAGAGCAGAUACGGCGUGCUGAACGCAUCAUUCGGACACUGACAGCGACGACUCACGACUACCUCAUGAACAAUUUCUGGACGCACUACAAUAGUGUGCUCAAAAUCAUUCACAGAGAAUCGUUCGAAUCCGAUCGAGAGUCGCAAAGCCCAAAGUUCUACUCGUCGUUCCUGCACAUCGCAAUCUUGGCUAUGGGCUUCCGAUUUGCUGAUUGCAGUCGUGACGACAUGAAAAGAAUGGCUUUGGGGAACCGGGAGAGCACUUUGCACAGGGAGGCCAAGUACAUGCUCGAUGUCGAACUCGAGAGACCUGGUGGAAUACCCAGCGUACAGGCCCUCCUUCUUCUCGGCGACCUGGAAUGCGGCGUUGGCAGAGAUAAUACUGGGUGGAUGUAUGCUGGGAUGGCGAAUAGAUUAGCUUUUGACAUCGGGCUCCAUUUGGACUGCCGUAACAGUGGUUUUGACGAACAGGAGGUCGACAUCCGCCAUAUGGUGAUGAGAGCCUGCGUGAUAUACGACAAAUAUUGGUCCCUAUUCCUGGGUCGGCCCACGAGCAUCAAAAGCCAAGAUGUCGGCAUGGAUCUACUAUCGCGGCGCUUCUCACAGCUCACGUCGCUCAUGGGAACGCCUGGGCCCACUAACAAGGAAAAUCAAACUGUGGAAAUCUACGAUCAGCUCGUUGAGUUGAUGGAGCUUGCGGGUCGUAUCGUGGAAGCUAGAGACAGCCGGCAAUCACCAGCGAGCCUUCAUAAGAGAGACGGAGCGGAUAGCGAAGAAGAUGCGUAUGUUCAGAGCACCAACCUCGAUCGCCAAUUGCAGAAUUGGUAUAGGCGGUUGCCGGAACAUUUGCAGUGGAAGCCUGCCAACAUCAAGCAUGCACCGUUCAGCUACUUCCUUCUUCACCAGCAAUAUCACGUGUCGAUGAUAUUGCUGCACCGUUCGUGGGCGAAUUACGAAGAGGUUUCUGGCGAUACCAUCAGCACUGACGCAAACCUUACGCCGAACUCGAACCCUGACUCCAAAGACACAUCCGACCACCAUCAAUUCAAUCACUCCCUAGGGACGAACGUGUCACAAUCAACCACAGACACAGGCCGAGUUGCAUCAUCGCGCAGUAUCUGUAGUUUCCAUGCGAUUAGAGUGGCUAGAAUCUUCUGGCAACACCGACAACGUUUUGACGGUACCAAGAUAUUCAUCACCGGCAUUCAGCACGCCGGUACUGCAGCAAUUGCUCUGAUUGCGGCACUGGCAUAUCACCGUUGCGAGUCUGAUAGGCGAACGUACCUCGGAUACCUAGAGAUUCUGGCCAGCGCUAUCAGCGACAUGAGUCAAGUCUACCAGCCAGCAGCACGCAUGGACAACCUACUGAAGGCGGUGCUUCGGAAACUCCGGACCGACAACGACAGUCUCGACGGUGCCAGCCAGCCGCCUAUCAUAUUGACGGGCAGCGAAAAGAGUCUCCUUUCAAGUCCUGGCUGGAGAGGCAACACGGACAGUGUCUACUCCUUUCUACCAGCUAGACGUGAGGCGGAAGUCAGGGACAGCCCACCGAAUAAAAGACGUCGCCCAUCGACGAGCAGUCGAAGAGCGUCCGAGUUCGCUCGCCCGCCCUUACCUUUCUUCGGCGCCAAGACGCAGUCGUCGACGCGCAGGUCGUCGCAGAGCAACGUGUACGCAAACAUCAGUUCUCCCCUAGAGCCCGCGACGUAUCAUCCAGGCGGAAACGAUCAUCAGCUAUUCAAUCUAGACUUUCUCAACGGUUCGGCGAUAGAUAAUGAUAGAGAAGGCGACGCUUCGGAUGCCAAGAGCAAACCUGUGGAGGAUUGCAUAUUUGUUUCGCCACUGUCCAACAGCUGGGCACAGGACAUUACGACCAACGGUAACGCAUCGCCGUCUCGAAAGGCGAAUCUGCGGUAUGGCGAUUUAGAACUGAACGAUUGGGAGUCUGGAGCAUCCGGGAUCGGUCUUGAGUCACCGUCCAGCUUUCAGCUCAGUGGUGGAGGGGAAAGUGGCCGGGAAAGCCAGCAAAAGGUCCACAAAGAGGAACCCACUCAGAGCAGUCUCAAGAGUGAGGCCAAGGGCACAGUCAUGGAUCAAGGAGGUUUCGGGCCCUUUGGCCAUGACGCCAUGGACUGGAUGGGUACCGAUGGUGGUCUGGACACCAUGACCUCUGUGAGUCUGAUUGAGCUGGUGCAGAGUUCCAUUGCUGGUAAGGCAGAGAGGCGUCCGGCGGACGAAGCGCCUAGAAACCACGAACUGGACUUUUUGAGCUUCUGA